UAAUUUAUUUUUUCUAGUUCAAUUCCAUAUCUUUUCACCGUCUCUCUCUCUCUCUAGUCUCUACGCGUUUCAGCGUUAAGUUUUUUCUAGAUCUUCUCUACCUUCCUUCACGCCGUUAUAACAAAAAAAACUCUCUGAUCAGUCAAUAGAAUCCAUCGGAACAGCGUUGUUGUUUUUUUGUUCCCAGUAGAGAGAGAGAGAGAGAGAGAGAGAACACAAAAAAAAAAGAAGAUGGCGCAACAGCAACAAUCGUUGAUCUACAGUUUCGUGGCUAGAGGGACGGUGAUCCUGGUGGAGUUCACCGACUUCAAGGGAAAUUUCACAUCGAUCGCUGCACAGUGCCUCCAAAAGCUUCCUUCUUCCAACAACAAGUUCACCUACAACUGCGAUGGUCAUACCUUCAAUUACUUGGUUGAAAAUGGAUUCACUUAUUGUGUGGUUGCAGUUGAUUCUGCUGGGAGGCAGAUUCCUAUGGCUUUCUUGGAGCGAGUUAAGGAGGAUUUCAACAAGAGAUAUGGUGGUGGCAAGGCUGCUACUGCUCAACCCAACUCCUUGAAUAAGGAAUUUGGGUCGAAACUGAAAGAGCACAUGCAGUAUUGUAUGGAUCAUCCUGAUGAGAUUAGCAAGCUUGCUAAGGUUAAAGCUCAAGUUUCUGAAGUUAAAGGUGUCAUGAUGGAAAACAUUGAGAAGGUCCUUGACCGUGGUGAGAAAAUCGAACUUUUGGUGGACAAAACCGAAAACCUUCGCUCACAGGCGCAAGAUUUCAGAACACAAGGGACUCAAAUGAGAAGAAAGAUGUGGUUUCAGAACAUGAAGAUAAAACUCAUUGUUCUUGCAAUCAUCAUCGCCUUGAUCCUCAUCAUCGUCCUCUCAGUCUGCGGUGGCUUCAACUGCGGCAAAUAAGUCUUGGAACAUUUCUGAUUUCCGAGAACAUCAUCCUCAUUCAGUUUGUUGUUUUUUUUUUUCUUUUGUGGUUUAAAAUUUCUCAUGGCUAUGUUUCUCUUGCUUAGAUUUGCACUUGUUGAAAUUGGUUUUGUAUAGGUCAUAUAUAUAUGUAUGAAACUGAUUCUUGCAAACCAUUUACUUCGACCUAAUUUGAACGCUUGUGUUUGCUUUGGUC